AUGACCUUUCAACCAACACGCUACGAAAAAAUCACACGUGUCCUCCUCGUCGUCUUCGUUUUCCCUCUCCCAAACGAGAAUCGACCCGUCCCCUCCGCCCGAGCAAAAACCCGACCCAGUCGCCACCAGCCGGUGGUGGUGCCGCCGGCCCGCCGCCGCCGACCAGACCCGUAUCUGCCCGUCCGCCGAGCCCGUGUAAACCGUCCGGCCCGCCGGGCCCACGAGGACCGCAUUGACCGCGUCCGCAUGGGCCCGCACGGACCCCACACACCGCGACCCGUCCCAAGUCUUGAAGCUCCGGUCCCACGAGGCGGAGUAGACGAGCCCGGACGACCGCCGCUCGUGCCGUCGGACCCGAACGUAGCUCCCCGGAAUAAGGCACCAGAAAAUGCGGUCCUGGAGAGUCGGGAGGGUGGAGACGAGGUGGUGACGGUGGUGGUCGUCGGAGGUCCGCCGCCAGAUGCGGAUUUUGCAGUCGAGGUGGGCGGUGAAGAUGCGGCGGCGGCGGCCGAAGGCGAUGGACUUGGCGAGAGCCGAGGAAGGGCCGAGGGACCCGAUGAGGAGGGAGACUUCACGGGCGGUGGCCGCGUAGAGGAUUGGGCCGCGGGCGGCAAGGAAGCUUAUUUGUGGGGUGUCGGUUUUGACGGAGUUGACGGUGGCGGUUUUAGGGAGGAGGAGGAGAUGGUGGAGUGGAAUUUAAUGUUGUCGAAGCCCGGGUCGCCGGAGAGCGUGUCGAGUUCGUGGCUGGAUGAGGACAGGGAUGGGGACUCGGAGGAGGUGGAAGGGUUUUUGAUGAGUGAGUGA